CAGGAUAAGUUAAUUAAAAAUUUAAUUUUUAUUUGCACAAAAUCUAAUUCUUAAUUUAAUCCAAAUAUAAUUUGAGCCUUGAAGUUUAUUUUAAAAUGAAUAUAAUUUUCCUAAUCUUCUGUUUGUUGGGUGUGGCUCUGACUCAAAGCAGGUUCGAUGCAAGAUCUACCGUAACCCAACCCAAGCAUAGACCUACAAGAUCUACCGCAACCCAACCCAUGCAUAGACCUAGUUAUUGUUAUUUGGCAGCAGAGACUGGAAAUUGCAGAGCUUAUUUUUUAAACUACUAUUACGACUCAGAUAGUAAAAGUUGCAAAGAAUUUAUCUAUGGUGGAUGUGGUGGAAAUGCCAACAAUUUUUGGAGUAAAGAGGAAUGUAUUAAUCGAUGCCAGAAUGAAAUAAAAAAUGAUGGAUUGGAGACACAAUCUACCCCGAUAUUUCUCCAAUACGGUAUUAUACGAACUUGGGAAAAAUUCAUAUUUGUAAUUAAAGUUGAUUUACUCAGGAUCCCGAUGCAGCAGCGCCCAGCAGUGUGAUUAUGGGAUCCUUCUUUUACAUGAUUGCUAUCAUCCAUUCGAAGGAAUAGUAAACAGGUUAUGUAAAAUGCUAUAAUAACAGGUAAUAUACAUUAUAAAAAUUUUAGAGAAAAAAAUGCUAUAAAAAAAAUUAUUUAUACAUA